ACCUCAAAGAAGAAGAAGAAGAAGAAGAAGAUGAAAUCAGAAACAGGACGUUGCGUCUAAUCUGAGAACCUGCAGUCUGCUGAACAUGAAUAAACCUGUUUAGCUUCUGACACAACCUAAAUGACAGACUGCCAGACCUACAUAUCUGCUGAAUUUACGGACAGCUGGACUUGAAUUGGGUCCAACAAGCUCGCUGAAGUUUCUCCCUUCAUCCACUCAUCAUGGUGGAGUACUACCAGGUUUUAGGAGUACGGAGAGAGUCGUCUGCAGAUGACAUAAAGAAAGCCUACAGAAAGCUGGCCUUGAAGUGGCAUCCUGAUAAAAACCCCGAGAACAAGGAUGAGGCUGAGAAGAAGUUCAAGGAGCUGUCAGAGGCGUAUGAAGUCCUAUCGGAUGUCAACAAGAGAAGCAUGUAUGAUCGCUAUGGCAAAGAGGGGCUGACGGCGAACAACGGAGGAAGAGGAGGGCAUUACCACAAUGGAGAUCAUUUCCAAGAACCAUUCACAUUCCGCAACCCAGACGACGUCUUCAGGGAAUUCUUCGGGGGCAGAGACCCAUUCGCUGACUUUUUCGGUGCAGAUCCUUUUAGUGAGGAUCCGUUUUUCGGCAGUGGCCGGCGGCACCAUAGUCGGGCGAAUCGCAGCCGGACAGGUGGCUCGUUUUUUGGGGGCUUUGUUGGUUUUCCUCCCUUUGGUGCUGGCUUCUCACCUUUUGACCCAGGCUUUGGUACUUUUGGCUCUAUGAGCCCCAUGGGUCAUAUGGGUCACAUGGGUCACAUGACAACCAUGGGCAGCCUGGGAGGUGGAGGAUUCACCUCUUUUUCCUCCAACUCCUUUGGGGGAGGAGGUGGAGGAGGCAUGGGCAACUUCCGCUCUGUGUCCACCUCCACCAAGAUCGUCAACGGCAGGAAGAUCACUACUAAAAGAAUUGUAGAGAACGGUCAGGAGCGGGUGGAGGUGGAGGAGGAUGGGCAGCUGCGGUCACUAACCAUUAACGGUAAGGAGCAGCUGCUGCGACUGGAACACAAGUAAAGACAGAAGCACCCUCUGCUGGAGAAGUGUUACCUCAGCACAAACAUACCAACAAACUUGAGCUCGACACAGAAGGAGAAAAAAGGCAACAAAACAAUGUAAUAAUAGUGCUCUACUGUUGUUUGGAUGUACAUACUUAGGUUGUGUUUAUUUCCCCUCAUGUUCUCUCCCUGCUGACUCAUUUGUUAACCUAUGAUUCAAAUCAGAGGAUUUGGAUGCAGACUUUUCUAUGCAUUUUGUUAAUGUAUUUCUGAAUUGGAGCGGUCUUUAUAUUUUGGCUCAGGGUGGUGUUCUUGUUUCAGUGUUUGGGACCACAGUAUUGUGCUGAUGUAUAUGACCAGACCCCCACGCCCCCAGUACUUUCAGUAGGCACUCCACCGUGUGUCAGUCUGUGCAGACGGCUCACGCACGGUGUUCAGAAAACAAGGCAUGACUUUGCUUUUUCAUCUGAAUAGUAAAAAGAAAACGUGCUGCAUUUGAUAUUAAAAAAAGUGGGUAGAAAUGACUGAAGCAUCUUCCCCUCUCUGUUUACUGCUUGUCUAACCUCUUCUUAGUAAUAAUUCUUUUUUUAUUAAAAAAAAUACAAUGCCGGUAGGAUGAGUUAUGCAAUUUUAUAUGUUCUAAUACCAAUGUGUUUUUUGUUUAUUUAAUUAUGCAUGUACACUUGUCAAUGUUGAGUCUUAAUGUUAAAGCUGCAUUAUGAUGCACAAACAAUGGAAGUCAUUCUAUAAAUGAUAUAUGGAUAUAGAAGGAAUUUUGUGUACUUUGUAAACCAAUAAAUCUGAAUUUCAUUCUGUUUUCAGGAUGCUCAAAUCUG